GGGUUUAAAGAUCGUCUUUUAGCAUGUAUAUUCUUCUUAUUUUCUUAAUUAUAAUUGGAAAAAAGGCCAUACCAUAUGUUAAUAUAGAACUAUAAUCUAGAGAGAGUUGUUAACCCUCUUCGAAACAGUUGUUAACUGGUAACUAAAUUAAUGAUUUUGUCUGGUUGGCAUUAAGUUGAGUUGACUUUGUUAGGUUGGCACCAAGUUGAAGAUUUGAAUGCAUUUAUCGCGGAAAAAUUGAUUGGGCACUGCUACUUUAAUCCUGGGAAUAUUAUAUUACUAGCAGUCAGGCUCGCUUCGCCCGCCAUAUCCGUUUAGCCAGCCGUUUAGUCUGGACCCCCGACUGGAUCGUCCUAACAUAUGAUAAAAAUGCUCGCUGAUCUCAUUCUUGGUCGAUCCAGUCGGGGGUCCAGGGGGCGGAGCCCCCCGACUAGACGGAUAUGGCGAGCGAAGCGAGCCUGACGGCUAGUAAUAUAAUAAAAGAAAUAACUGGCUUAUACACGCGGGGGAUAGGAAAUUCACGAAUUACGCAUCAUCACGUAUCAACUACUCAACUGAUUAACUUGAAAUAGUUGCCACAUCCAGUUCUCAAAAGUAGAUGGCUAUGAUUGAAACCACUAUCACAUAUUUGAUUCAUUUAAUAUUGUUCAUAAUUAUUAUUCAUAGUUGAAGCUUGUUAAUUGACCGAACGUAGUGAGGUCUAUGUUUCAACUCGGAUUUGCUUUUGUCUGUCUGUAUGUAACGUGACUACGGCCGAACGCGUUGAUAGAAUUCUAUGAGAUUUGGCAGGAAUAUUCCUUUUUCAACUGCGCGUCGAUGUUGAAACACAAGGUCUAUAAGCCGAUUUCCAAACCAUAAACCAAGUGAUAUCUCGAUUUUGAAAAUGUGGGAAAACUCGUGGUUGGCCUACCUUGUCACAGGCCUAUUGCUGGCCAUUUCUAGCCUUGUUUUCGUCAACUUCUACGUUUACUCCUAUUGGAAAAGGCAUGGAUUGAUCCAAGCUAAGACGAGCUUCCCAUGGGGGUCGCUGGGGGACUUCGUACUGUCCAAGAAAUGCAUCCAUGAGGUCUACGACGAGAUCUACAAGCAAGGUGACGGUCACCCGGUGAUAGGUUACUACUCUUUCUUCACCCCCGCCCUGGUAGUUCGCGAUCCUGACCUGCUGAAAUCCAUCCUGGUGCGCAACUAUGACUCGUUCAGCGAACGCGGAGUCUACAGCAACCGCGCCAUUGACCCUCUCUCUCAUCACCUGUUCAGCAGUCCAGGUGAUCAGCACCGCAAGAUGCGGCAUGUGCUAAGUCCUUCAUUCAGCGACAACAAGAUGCGCUACAUGUUCGAGACCAUGCAGGCAUGCAGCACCAAACUGGGCGAGCACCUGUGUUCUCUGGUGCCGCGGGGAGCUGAAGGAAAGACCUUGAAAAUAAAAGAGAUAACAAACAAUUACGGGCUGAAUGUGAUUGCCUCCACGGCAGUUGGCAUAGAUCACAACUCUUUCGAAAAAGAGAACCCACUUGCUGAUGCUGCACUCAAGGUCACUGACCCCGACGACUUGAUGCAGGGUCUACGGUUCAUCCUCUCGUUUGUGAGUCCAAAAAUCGCCAAAUUCUUCAACAUGCGGUUCACGCCGAAGGGCGUCUCAGACUUCUACAUCGAUAUGGUGGACAAAAUUGUCAACUAUCGAAAAUCACAUAAUGUGGUGAGGAAGGAUUUCAUGCAGGUUCUUCUCAAUUUGAACGAGGAGAUUGAAAAAAGCAAAGAGUCGGACGGCAGAGAGCCGUUGAGCUUGGAUGAAAUGGCGUCACAAACUUUCCUGUUCAUUCUCGCUGGACAUGAGUCUACAUCGGCGUCUCUGUGUUUCCUCCUUUACGAGUUGGCUGUUAAUCAAGAGAUGCAGCAAAAACUGUAUGAUGAGAUCAAAGCUGUGGAUGGAGACAUAACCUAUGAAACUAUUAAAGAACUGGAGUAUAUGGACAUGAUAUUCAACGAAAUGUUGAGGAAAUAUCCCGGGCCAGUACUGAUUCGGCUAUGUGUGAAAGACUUCAUUCUUCCCAAUGGUUUUCUAAUCAGGAAAGGAACUCAAGUAAUGAUUCCGGUCUAUGCGCUUCAGAAAGAUCCCAAAUAUUUUCCGCAGCCUGAUAAAUUUGAGCCGGAAAGAUUUAGUAAGAGAGCGCCAAUCCACGAGAUUAUCCCCUUCUCUUUCAUACCCUUUGGUGAGGGACCUCGAUAUUGUAUUGGUAAACGCUUUGGUAUAGCGUCUGUGAAAUUGGGACUCAUCCACAUUUUGUCGAAAUUCAAAAUUUUGCCAGCAAGCGACACGAAAAUUCCGCUGGAAAUUGAGAAGAAAACAUUCGUUUUGAACCCUUACAAGGACCUCACACUGAAGCUAAUAGCAAGAGAUACUUAGGCAUAAUGUACCAAUGUAAUGUAGCUGUUACAGGUAUAUUGAUGUAAUAUUAGCUGUUCAUUCUCGUUGAAAAUAAUCAAUUAUAUAUUUAAAUAGGCAAGAAAUUAUAUUUUUUCAAUAAUUUCAUAAUGAUAAAGAAAGGAAAAAAGAUGUUGUCGAAUUCCACUAUAACAUUUUUAUUCACCAAAACUAGUUUUCGUUGCCUAUGGCAACAUCUUCAGUGGCAACUGAAGCUGAUAAAUAUCUGCUUCCUGUAAAUAUCAGCUUCAGUUGCCAAUGAAGAUGUUGCCAUAGGCAACGAAAACUAGUUUUGGUGAAUAAAAAUGUUAUAGUGGAAUUCGAUAACAUCUUUUUUCCUUUCUUUAUCUUAAUAUGGAGAAGUUCCACAAUAUCUCUGAUAAAAGUGUUAAAUUUAAUAAUGAGUUUUCAUAAUUAAUAUGUAAUAUUUUGUUAAUCAAUUAUUCAUUCUACAUUGUUGAAAGACGAUCUGGCAACAGAACAAAGCGAGAAAGAGAUAGUGCUAUCCGCUUUGUAGAAUGAUAGACAAGGAUAGCAAUACCAUUGCUAAUCAAAAACGUGGACAUCAUUGUAGACUAUAGUGAGGUCCACGUAAUAAUGGCAGUGUUCGAUUAGCAAUGGUAUUGCUAGCCUUGUCUAUUAUUCAACAAAGCGGAUAGCGAUAUCUCUUUCUCGCAUUGUUCUUUUGCUAGAUCGUCUUUCAACAAUGUGACAUUGAUAAUAUUAAUCAACAAAAUAUUUUUUCCUCCACCUACUGUCUAAAGUACUUACUUUACUCCCUGAAACAUAAUACUAAAGUGUCACUUUUUCGCUCAAGGUAGUAAAAAACAGAAAAACUCCCUAGGGAGUAAAAGUGACUCCAUUUAAAUAACAUGGGAAGCAUCUCUAUUUAAAAAACUUACAUUGUAAUAUAGGUUAGAAGGUCUAAGCUCAGAUGAGAAAGCGUAAUAGAGGUGUCUGUCAUUGAGUCAACUGAAUUCAAUACCACAACCAGAAAUUUGAUCAACUCAUGAAAUAUAUGUUUGUAUGAUAUUAUAUUCUUAAUAUUGGUAGACGAUAAAAAUUUAUACAAUUUUUAAAAUAUUUUAUUCUAUUCAAAAUACCAGCCAACAAAUAUUUUUGAUCUGCAUUCUGCAAUUCAAAUUUGAACCGCGUGAUCUGGAGUCAGCCAUUUUUGGUAGCUCAGCUGAUAUGAUUGUUACAACUUUGGCCGAUAGAUAGCGCAAUCAGCAGUGCCUAUCAGACGACCGGUUUUUAGGUUUUAGUUUUUAGGUUAUGUUGUUAGGAAACAUUGUCACCAAUACGUAAGCUAUUGGAAUGAUUUAAUUUGCAGUUUCUAUAAAAAAAUGUAGAUGGAGGAAAAAUGUUGUGUACAUCACGAGCGAAAAAUACUUUUUCUCCCUCAGGAAAAUUGUUGCCCUCGGCUUCGCCUCGGGCUUCAAACUUUUUCCCUCAGGGAGAAAAAGUUGUACUUUUCACUCUAGAUAUACAAAUAACUAUUACUUUUUGUGUAGUUGAGAAGUUGAUAUUGUGGUAAUUAUUCAUAUUCAAUGAAAAAGACUAAGAAAUUGUCAAAAAACAGGAAUCUGUGGUUUUUUGACAAUUUCUUAGUCUUUUUCAUUCAACAAAAUAUUUCAUCUUAAUAAUGGAAUUAUAGGAGAAUAUCAUUUCUUGCUUAAUAAAAUAUAAUUGAUCAUUUCAAACGAGAAUGAACAGUCAAUACUACAUCAAUAAACCUGUAUCAGCUACCGUCUAUAGAAGGCAUUGACAAGACAGAGGAUCGGCAACGUUGUUCUCCUAUCUUUCUCCACUGUCAUUAUAAUGUGGAUCUGCAUCUUUUCUGUGUUGCCAUAUUGUCUUUUAACAAUGUAGAAAUGAUAAUAUCAAUUAAAGAAAUACUUCAUCUUAAUUAUGAAAAUUCAUCAUGUGAUUAUUGAGAAAUAUAAUUUAUUGCUUAAUGAAAUAUAACUGAUUAUUUUAAACGAGAA